AUGAGGAUCCGGAAGAGACCCUCCUCCUCCCACUGUCCUUCUCUCGCUUCGCUUCCUCUCUCCCCAGAUCUCUCCCUCCAUGUCCACCCACCGAAUGGGAGCCAUGGAAACAAGGAUACCAGCGGAGGAGGAACAACUGUCUCAGGAGAAAGGUUGCACCCAGUUGGGGAGGAUCUGUCUAUAGACCCCCAUGAAUCAGGGAGGAUUCCUAAUGGAGGAUCUACUCGGAGUCCUCCCCGUUCAGAUCCAUACAGAGAUGCCAAGGGACGCCGCAGCACUAGUAUGCAGGUGGUGGUGGUGGAGGAGGAGGAGGAGGAGGAGGUGGUGGAUUCCAGCAGGAGGUGGAAUGGCCAGGCCAACAGCAGCAAGAGGAUAAGUGGCACCUCUGGUGCAGUAGCGUCAGGCGCGGCGCAGCUUGGAGGGACGGUGUCGCCACAGAAGAAUACAAGAGGAGGGGAUCAGCGAAUGGAGCAAGAGAGAACGGCCAAGGCGAAGGCGAGAGCAAGCACUGGUCCUGCUUCAGCGAACAAUAAUUGCACCAGUGGUAAGGAUACUGAUAUGGAGGGAUGCCACAUUGGUGGGGUAGCAGUGGUGAGAUCUGGGAACGCAACGAACGCUAGCGGGAAGAGGCGGAGGAGCCCGGCGGUGCUGAUGGAGGGCUCGCGGUGCAGCCGUGUCAAUGGAAGGGGAUGGCGGUGCUGCCAGCAGACCCUCGUCGGGUACUCCCUCUGCGAGCACCACCUCGGGAAAGGAAGGCUCAGGAGCAUGAGCAGCGUCAGAGGGCAGCUGGGUACCAGCAAGCCCAAGUGGCGUGCUAACGGGAGGAAUGGUGUUGUCCCAUCGACUUCGCCCGAGGAGCAGGAGGAGGAAGCAGAGAAGGAGCAAAGGCAGCGCCCUGCCGUGGCUGCUGAUAAUGGCAUGCAAAAGAUGGAGGAAGAAGAAGAGGUGGAAGAGGAAGAGGAGAAGACGGAAACGAAGAAGAGGAAGAGGAUAGGCAUGGUGAAAGCUCGAUCGAUCAGCAGUUUGCUAGACAACACCAAGCAUCCGGCGUCAUCAUCCUCGCCAUCGCAGGAGGCCAGUAAAGUGAGUUAAAGCAAUGGAGGAUACACGGAGAAGAAACAAGGAAGAUCAUGAAUUCGCUUCAGGCUUUUUGCUGUUUCUUUGUUCUACCGGAGAAGGAGAUCGAACACUCUGAUGUGGUCGGAGAGAUAAAACCCCGA